CAGUACCCAGGCCUAAAGACAAAGAAUGGCGAUUCCAUAUAUGGUCUUAUGUCUUCAAUUAAAUAUUUAACAAGACAGCAUAUGGAAACUAAUUAUUUGUUAGGUGAUGAUGUGACGGAACAAACACUUGUCAACCAAUGGCUUGAGUAUAGACUGACCAAACUUAACAUAUAUACAUACAACGAUAAAGAAAUACCAUUUAUUUUUAAUGACUUGAAUGAUUGGCUAAUAGACAAGGUCUUCUUCAUAGGGCACAAGCUCUCAUUGGCUGAUGUGGUCAUGUAUUAUGGAUUAUAUCCAUUUAUGAGGGAUCUGACAGUCCAGGAUAAAGAGUUGCAUACAAACUUGUCCAGAUGGUUCAAACACAUUCAAAGUUUCGACGACAUCAGGCAAAGCUUGAAUAAGAUCAUUUUCCCGCGUGUGCAGUUGUACUGA